AUGUCGAAUGUGUCUUCAAAAAGUAAAUGUGCAUCUGCUGAAUCAACAACUAGUUCUACUAAUGCCGACUCAAAGCGGUCGUCAUUAAUUUCUCUCUCUUCGAAGUCCAUUGUUUUAGAGAAAAACGGCGAGAAAAAAAUUCUUAAAAAGAUUAAAUUGAAAACUCACCCGAAAACACCUGUAAUAAAAAGUUUAACGCCAGAGAUACGAGAGAAGGACGCGAAAAAAUUCGUAUGUACAUUUUGCCCCUCGACAUUCAGCAGUCAUGAUCAUCUUAGAAUUCAUUUCCUUAAACAUGGAAACCAAGCGAACGAUUCACGACAAACUUUUGAAGGCUCAGAGCGUAGCCGUUCCAGCCAUGAACCAGCAAUUGUACUAAUAGAAUGCGAGUGGUGUCCAGAAACGUUCACGUCGAUGUCGAAAGCAAUUGAACACAAAUACCGCAAGCAUAAUUACGAGAGUAAAAACUAUUUCUGUACACUCUGCGGAAGGCUUUUCCCGUUGAAGGUAGCACUUGAACAGCACCAAAGCUUGGAACAUGCAAAUGACAAAGAGAUAAAUGUUCCCCGGCUAGACUAUAUAUGUGGAUUCUGUGGAACAGCAUUUAUUUCGCAUUCGGCUUUAGCACUACACAUUAAAACUGCACACAAUUUAGAGAAACGGAUGAUAGAUCACCCAUUUGUUCCAAUACCGUCAAAAAAAGUACGUCUUAAUCAGGCUGGAGAAAUUUUCUCUAUUUAUUACUGUCACCUGUGCGGAUCGGAAUAUAUGGUAAAGUUUAACCUUUUAAAGCAUAUCGAGGACCAUCACUCGUUCGAAGAGAGGUGCGCGGCUCCAGAAGAGCUGCUAAAAUGCAGCACAUGUGAUUCAAUGUUUUAUACUAAGAAAGCUUUCGAUACGCACAACAUACACCACAAGCCGGAAGAUUUGUAUGCAACAAGCGAAGAACAUCGAUUACACAUUGUAGCCCGAGUAGAUCAGGAUUACGACUUCCGACGAGUACCGACGGCCAUCGAUAAGGCACUGGGUUCCCUAGCCGGAUCUAGCGGAUCAAAUUCGGCCACGACACUAGCCAAAAACCAUCGGAAGAAAACGAAAAAAGGCAUAGUUAGUUCCAGUAGAAGUGGAAAUGUAAAUUCCGGGGACAGCAGUAGUAGUAGCACCGGUGUUACGACCAGCACCGACGGAGUCACCGUUCUAGAUCUGAAUCAAAUUAAUGUGGCCGAAGCUGGUAGCUUCGAAGCAGCGUUGAGCGUUAUGCUGGGCGAGUGAAUAUCACUUGUCGUUGUCA